CUUUUCAGUAGGUUUUCCCUCGAGCUCGCGGCCCGUUGUUUACUCGCCAGAUCUCUCGGCUAACGGCGUCGAAAAAUAACAUGUGAAAGUUCACCGAACGACGCGAUCGUUUCUCAAACGAUCGGAUCCACAUCGGAUCCGCGGCUCGAUCGAUUCACCGAAAGCAUCGCGUCGAUCGCUUUUCGAAAAGAUGUCUUCGCGCGAGCUGAAUCGGGUCUGGCUGAGGAUCGUGUUCGUUCUCUGUGCAUCGGGCGCGAUGGAGUGCUACAACGUGCCGUGCACGUUCAAUUCGAUGUGCAUGUGCUGGGUACAAGACGAUCACGACUUCACGAAAAUGGACAUCAGCUGUAUGGGAACGCCGUUCGCCAGAUUUCCCGAUGUGAUCGUGAGCUACGUGGCUCAGCUGGACGUGGUCGGUACCGGACUGCAAUCGCUGGACGACGACGCGCUCUCCGGCAUAGUGGACGUCGAAGCGCUGGGACUGAUGAGCAAUCGGUUGUCGAAUAUCGGCAACAAGUCGCUCUCAGGUAUCGCGGACAGUUUGCGCUCGUUGGAUCUCAGUUACAAUGCCCUGGAGGACGUACCUUUCGAGGCCUUUCGCGAGCUACGGAAAUUGGACUGGCUGAACAUGCACAGCAACCAUGUGACGACGUUGGACGGCGACUGGGGCCGCAUCAAGGACACGUUGACGAACGUGUUCUUCGGAGACAACUCGAUCAUCGAGAUACCGAAAGUUUUCGCGACGUUCAAGGCGCUGGUCUGGCUGAACCUGGACAACAACAACAUCGAGGACCUGUCUCAGGACAGUUUGCCGCCCAACAUGCGCACCCUGAGCUUGAACAGCAACCUGCUGAAGCGGUUCCCGUCGCCGCUGAGGACCCUGAAGCAUCUUACGUGGCUGUACUUGCGCGGCAACGACAUGAAAAGCCUCGAGCUGCCCGACUUCGAAAGCUCGAGCUUGGAGCUGGUGGACGUCAGCGAGAAUUGCAUCGAGUCGGUCCGGCUGCUCGGCGGCCGUUCGAAUCGAACCUUGAGGAUCAAGGAGUUCAAUCUGGACAGCAACAAGCUGUCCACCCUGCCCGCCGGCGGCUUCGACGGCAUCGACAUCAAGAGGAUCCAUUUGUCCUCGAACUCGAUCAAGAACAUCGACGACGACGCUUUCCGCGGGCUGGAGGACACCCUCGAGUACCUGAAUCUGGAGACCAACGAUCUGCCGAAUGUGCCCACCGCUGUCACCCGAUUGAGAAAACUGUCCUAUCUGUAUCUAGCCAAUAACGACAUAAGGAAUAUCUCCGGAGACGCGUUCCAAGAGUUCGCUGAGAAUUUGCGAGCCCUUUCGCUCGCCACCAACAGCCUGGACAUGGUUCCAGUUUCGGCGCUGAGCAGGUGCCAGAGGCUACUGCACUUAAAUCUCGGUUACAACAAGAUCUCUCACGUACAACCCGGCGAUUUCGAGUGGGCGGAGGACCUUGAGAUUCUGCUGCUUAGGAAUAAUAUCUUGACGAAGUUGAGCAAGGAGACUUUCAAAGGAGCAGGCAAAUUAAAGGAGCUCAGCCUGUCGUUCAACCACCUGACGGAGCUCGACGACGACUGUUUCGUCGGCAUCGAGGACAGUCUGAACAUCCUCGAGCUGAGCUUCGCGUUCGCGACGGACGUUUUCCCGCAAAGGGCGCUGCGGCCCCUCUCGAAUCUGCUCUGGCUGGUCCUGGACAACAAUAACUUCCAAAAAAUCGAGGCGACGGCGUUCUACUCGUUCCAGGACCUGCGGUACGUCAACCUGGAGUCGAACCGGCUCCACUAUCUCCCGGAACGGAUAUUCUUGUCCAGCGUCCAUCCGGAGCUGAGGGACGUGAAGCUCGGCUACAAUUUUCUCGAGGCCAUACCGGAGUUCAGUUUCCACAAUUUGACCCAACUGAAGUCCCUGGAUCUAACCGGGAACCGGAUCAAGGUUCUCGCGUCGGAGUCCAUCGUCGACUGCCCGAAAUUGGUCACGAUAUCGUUGGCGUACAACAGGAUCUACAAAAUGGAGAGAAACGCGUUCUACGGGCUGCCGAGCCUACGGUUCCUUCAUUUGGAGUUCAACAAGCUGACCGCGUUGGAUCUGGAGGCGAUCUCGGAGAUCGGCGGGCCGGAUUUCGCGCUGAACGUUUCGUACAACGCGAUCUCGUUGAUACACUCCGCCGGCUCCAUGAACAACCUGACGAGACUCGACUUGAGCUUCAACAACAUCAGCCAGCUGCCCGCCGACACGUUCACCAGCACGCCGGACCUGAAACAUCUCGAUCUGGGGAACAAUCUGUUGGUCGUUCUCGAAUCAGGUACCUUCCAACUGAGCUACCUGGAAACGUUGAGCUUGCGAGACAACAAGCUGGAGACCUUGAAGGGGCAGUCGUUUCACGGUUUGGCGAUGCUGCAGCAGCUGGACCUGAGCGGUAACCAGAUCAGUCAGCUGUCCGAGGAACAGUUCCGCAAUCUGAAGAACCUGCGGAUCUUGAACGUGUCGAACAACCGGCUGGGAUCCUUGCCGAGGGACGUUUUCAAGGGAACGAAGCUGGAGAUUCUGGAUCUGAGUUACAACAAGUUCACCGCCGUCCCAUCGUCAUCUCUCCACAAGGUCGGCUACACCCUGAGAGACCUUAAUCUGGCGGACAAUUACGUGGACCGACUCGAUUCGACCGCUUUCCCGACGUCGUACAUGGUCUCGUUGAAUCUGGCGCACAACAGACUGACGAUCCUCCCCGACAACUCGUUCGUCUCUCUCGGCAAGCUUCUGAGACUGAACGUGUCCCACAGCGUUCUUCAGGCGAACUUCAAAGAGCUCUGCCACUAUCUGCCCAGCUUGAGGCAGCUGUUCAUGGUGAACUGCGGCUUCAGAGAGAUUCCCCAGCUACCGCUGACCAACCUGAACGUUCUGGACUUGUCCCUGAAUCACGUGGACACCACGACCGACAAGCAGUUCGAGUUCCUGAAGGACCUGAGGGUCCUGCUGCUGCCGAACAACUCGUUGACCUCCAUGCCCAACGUGAAGCUGAACCUGCUGAGGGAGCUCGACGUUUCCGGGAACCCGAUAGAGCAACUGACGAAGGAGAGUUUCAUGGACUAUCCGCGGCUGGAGUAUCUGAAGCUGACGAACCUGAACAGGACCAGAUCGGUGGACAAGGACUGCCUGCGCGUAUUGAAAUACUUGAAGCACCUUCGCAUUCAAACCUGGCCCGAAGCGGAGGGCUUUCAUCUGCGCCAGCUGCUCACCGGUCUGCCGUUGAGGACCUGCGAGAUACAAGUGACGGAGCAUCUUCUCAAGCAUCAGAUACAGAACGUCUUCACGAAACAGCUCCGGGAGCUGACCAUUUCCGGCAGCGACCUCGAGGUGAUCUCCUCGGAAGCGUUCUCCACCAUCGAGGGCGGUGAGCUGAUACUGAGAAUCAAGGACACUCGCGUGCGACGAUUGCAGUCGGACAUAUUUCUUUCCUUGACCAAGAGAUUGUCCCAGUUGACGUUGGACUUGCGGAACAAUCACAUCAACGAGCUCAGCCCGUCCGUCAUCUACGGCAAUCUGUCGUGGGAGAGCGUCGGUACCAAUAUGGUCGCCGGAGGACUGCAGGUCUCGGGAAAUCCUCUGGAGUGCGACUGCGAGAUCGCCUGGCUCAGCUUAUGGCUGCGAAGAUGGCUCCGGGAGUCUCGACAGAUUCACACGGCGUCCCAGUCGGACGCCAGACAAUUGCGAAUGAUCGCUGGCAGGGCGGUCUGCACCGAGACGACGCCGUCUUACUCGUCCGACAAGGUCCUGCUGACAUUGGGAACACCGCACACUGCCUGCCAAGCUUCCGCCCUUAGCUCCGGCAACUACGAAAGACUUGCCACCACUUGGUUAGCCAUAGUUGACAUUAUUCUUCUAACGGUAAUAGUGAAUUGAACCCGAUAAGUACUCGCCGAACUAGCCCCCCGAGCGUCUAGAGAAAUCGUUGUCGCGUCACAGUUGCCGAUACUUCUCGAGAAGCACCGAUCUACUGUCCGAAAACGCGAAUUUUCUAUUUCGAAGACGUCUAACUCUUCGAUAGCGACGUUUACGGAUUUCCAACUUGCACGGUAACAUUCGCUGAACUCUCCCGAAUAAGGUGAUCUAGUUCAACGUUGCAAUACUAACACAGAACUAAGUUGAAACAGUGGUUAAAGUGAGAAACGCGCUUGAAAUGUGCCAAUUUUUCGGAUAUUUUUUAGUUUAUUUAGAAAAUAGAAUAUUCGGUAGACAAACUGGUUGCUUCGCGCGACGGAGCGAACUUUCGACAUACGAAUCGCGUUGGUAGAAGUUGAAAAUUGUGUUUAAUUUCUGAAAUAUACAGGAAAUAGUGUAGCAAGGCUAGGACUCGAGUGGUCGGAUCCGCGAUUAGUCGCAGUAAAAUCAUUUUGCGCGUUGAUAAACGUUGCUAUUUAAUCGUUUAUCACGAUAAAUAGAGCUGCUGACAGUUUUUGCGACGGCAACGUCGUCGUACAAAGUGACGCGACAUUUUAGAAUCGCGCUAGGGUUGAGCACCGCUGUCGGCGCGGCGUGACGCGUGGUCCGGCAAAACUGUUUCGCUCGUAUUUUGACAACGAGACGCGAUGUCCGAGUUCUACGAACGCCAUCCGAAGCUCGGAGAUUUACUCUAUCGCGUGGUAUAAUUAAGUCUUUUCUCAGACAUUCUCUUCUUUUAAAUAAAUUAAAAAACCUUCGCGAAACUAGAACAUAUUCGACGUUCGCGUGUGAAUAUUUUUUUAAAAUUGUUCUCGUAUCAACAUUGUAACAACAAACUAUAUUACCUUAUUUAGAAGAGUUUAGGGGGUUCUACAGUGCAGGCUAAAAUGAUGUUUUGAUAACCGUUGAUACAAAAGAUAUCUUGUUAGUCGAAAAUUUGCGUUUCCGUCGAACGUCAUUUUCUUGAAGACUACAAUCGGUAAUUAAUAGAAAACUGUGCGUCGAACAGUGGUAAUCGAUCAUUUUUGUAGAACCGUGUGCGAUGUGUUGCCUAAAACGAGUCAGCCUGAACGAAUCAUAGUUCAGUCGCGAUUUCAGAAUACAAAAGGUAUUCUUCGACGCUGAAUUUAAAAUUCUUUAGAAAACAGUUCAUUAUGUACCUGCAAGUUUUUAUUCAAUUUCCACCGGUACAGUUUCAUCGAAAUGUUCCGAUCAGAAUCGAAGCAGCCGGCUUAGGCGACUCAUUUUCGGCUGAACGUCCUGCACACACGUGUACAGAAUUUGUAAAUUAGUUGACAUCGUUUACUUACCGUACCUCCUUCGCGGAAACGUUAUCGCACAAAUACGAUCCACGCAAUUUUCGAGAACGUGAACAAUCGUUGCGACAAACGGUCGACUACUUUUCGUUGCGUUACCAGAAGAAUGGUCAGAACAGAAGAGAACUGUGCGAUGCACGAAACAACGGUGGCCGUUGCGUUAGACACAAAAUGAACAAGACAAAGGGACGUUUUCGUUUUCACUUGUAACGACACGUUUAAUACCGUUCGUAUUGCUUUCGUAGCAAGUAAACUUUUUUACCUCGAGAUUUUCUAUCGAAUUGUAAUAUAUCCAUGGGUCGGCUUGACUUCGUCGUGGUACGCGCAAUGACAUAUCCGUCGAGGAUCGUUCGAUCGAUCUGUAAUUUCUUUGUCGAUCUCGUAUCGUCGUCGACGCGCGGAAAGGAACGAUAAGAAAAACCAAAAGAAAAAACAAGAACAAUCUUACACGGUCGUCGCUCGAGAUUGUCGUACGAUCGGCGAAUCGACACCUACACAUAUCCAGAAGUACACAUCAUUUCCGUAGAACGAUAGUUUCGCUUAUCGAGGCCACGGCCGUGUUGCGAGCGACUACCUAAACGGUAAAAGUUAAUAAUUAUCGUGCGACCCGAGCCACCGUUCUUAUCGAAUUUGGAAAGCGAAUUGUACACGGAGAACAAUGAAUCGUGUGUUUUGUAUGUAUCGUUGGGAAACGGAAUGAAAUAAUAAAGAGAGAACAUAGUUGAA